UCGAACAUAAAUAAGUUACGAUUAUAACAAACAACCGUGUCUUCGGUCUUCUGAUGAUGCGCUCAGUCGAGAUGAGUGGAAAUAGCUCAAGAAGCACGGGAAAAACACGAUUCUCGGGCCUUAAAGAUGUCCUAAGAGGAAAGUUAACCUUAAGGGUGCAUCCUGAAGGAAACGAAAAUAAAGAGAAACGGGAAGUUAAAACCUGCAGAUGUGUGAUACACCCCCGGAGUCGCAUCAGGCAUUACUAUCUUAUGUUUAUGGUGAUCUUAGCUUUCGUGAACCUUAUAACAAUUCCUCUAGACAUGGCAUUUUCUGAGGAUAUGAAAGGUAGAGGCUACGAAUGCUGGGUGGCCUUCAAUAUAUUCUCAGACGCCAUGUUUUGCAUUGAUGUUGCCAUUAAUUUUAAAAUGGGUAUAUUCAGUGACGACGGUCAGGCCAUACUGGAUCCAAAAUUAAUCAGAAAUGCUUAUUUCAAGAGUUGGUUUGCUCCUGAUGUGGUGGCUGCCUUUCCGGUUGACAUUUUAAUUACUAUUGUGGAGUACUUUUAUCAAGCUGACACGGAUGUACUGUUGGCUUCGAAGCUGGUGCGAAUACUCAUGUUUGUGAGGAUUUUCAGCAUGAUCCGUUUACUCCGUGUGCCGAAGCUGCUGAGAUUCUGCUUUGAAUUGGAAAGCGUCUCUGACAUUCAGCUUGAAGAAGCCAAGAAGUUUUUCAGGGUGUUUUUCAUGUUGAUGUUGAUAAUCCUGGUGUGGCACUGGAACACCUGUGUUCAGUACUUCAUAUCUCUACUGGAGGAGUUUCCUCAAGACUGCUGGGUCAUGCAAGAGAAUAUCAAGAAUACAUCGAUCGGGGAAAAAUACUCCUACUCUUCCUUCAGAGCCUUCUCUCAAAUGGCCUGGAUUUCAACUAAGUCUAUUGAAUCACCAACACGAAUGGCAGAACGGUGGGCGGCUCUUGUUAGCAUGGUGAUUGGAUAUAUAAUGUGUUUUUCUCUCAUCGCCUGCUUGAUCGCAACAGUCGGGAGCACGUCAACGACUUGCAAUGAAUACAAGAAAAAGAUCAGCCAGCUGCAAUCCUCCAAAAUGUUCAAGAAGCUUCCCAGGGAUCUGCGCCAGCGCACCACUGCCCAGUACAAGUGGCAAUACGACAAGAGGAACAUCCUCGAUCUGGUGUCAAAACGGCUGAGAAAGGAUAUUAUGGCACACAUGUGUCCCAACCUGCUGAGCAAAGGCUCCAUGUUCAUAAUGCACGACAGAGAAUUCACCGAAGCCAUCUUAGUGAAGUUAGAGUACGAGUUAUUCCAAGCAGAAGACAUCGUCAUUCAUCGGGACGCUAAAGCUGACCACAUGUUCUUCAUCGAGCAUGGACGUGUGCUCGUGAAGAACCAGUUUUUCCGAAUGGAGCUGUGCGAUGGAGACCACUUUGGAGAGAUCAGCUUCCUGUUUGGUGGAAGGCAGCUGGCUACAGUUUCUGCUCUGACCGCCUGCAGUCUUUUCUCCCUGUCAUUAAAGCAUUUUGAGGAGAUUGAGGAAGAGUUCCCACAUGUUGUGAAGGAUCUGAGGGCAGUGGCUCAACGGCUCAAAGACGAUCUCGAGGGUGUUGGGUCUGUACAUCAAGUCACAUCAGCAUCGAACAGUGUGUGCGACGACACAUCAGGAGAUUUUGUUUUAGUCAAUUAGUCAGCUAUUGAAAAAUAUUAUUUUCCUGUUUUACAAUGUAAAAAAAAAAUACAAUUUAAGAUAUGUUUACUUGUUUUUAUGUAUAGGUUAGAUGCUUAAGGUGAUUUUAAUUCUGUAAUUUUUAUUUGAAUAAUUAUUAAUACACUUGGUGAUACAUAAUACAUUAAAAUAAGGUUACUGUACAUGCACGCAUUCAUUAUUUACUUGUAAAUUCUGUAUUAUUACAAUAAAGUAUCUGAGCACUGUUGUGUUCAGUCUCUUUAUUAUAUGCAUGUCUCUUUAUUAUAUGCAUGCGACAUCUUAACACAGAGGUCCAGUCAGAGAUGUUUAAGGAAAAUUUAAAAAAUGAUUUAAUAAUAAACACAUGAGAAAUUACCACACUGACCAAAUCUGACGAGUCCCAUAAAGGACAAAAAAGUUAUAUAAAUGAAGUCCUUAUAUACUCUAAAACAUUUAAGCAAUGUGAAUGGAAGUCAUAGAGCUAAAAUAUUAGAGAACUGGUUCAUUUAAAAGUGUAAGAUUUUAUUAAUGUAAGUUACACUUGAGUGUAAAAAGAAAAAACAACAACCCAGAAGCAGGGCAAGAUGCUUUUUGUCUUUCUGGAACUGAACUGCCUGUUAUGAAGUCUUGAAAAUGCAUCUCAUAGUAGAAAUAAGCAUGCAAAAAUUAUUUUAACUGGAAUAACCUUUUUUUUUUAUUUAGUUUUUUUGCACUGAAAAGUACGAAGAGACGCCUGUAGGUUUCUCUGUUUCCUCCAGGGGGCGUAGUUCGUCAAGAUAAAUCCCCUUUAGAACUUCAUUCAUUCAUCUCAAUUUAUUUUUAUUUGUUUGUACACCUAAAAUGUAUAAUCUUUUCAUCAAAUUCAUUACAAAGGACCGAAAUCAGUCCAAACAAUCUGUGAAAAUCGUUUAAAUAUACCAUAUUCGGGGUCUAUGAUUCUGACCAGCGUUGAGAAAAGUAACAGGUAGCACGUGACCACGCAACGCAAUCAUUAAAUUGCAAUGUUACUGGAAACGGUCAGUACUGAUUGUCAGUUUUGUAUUUAUUUACUUUAGUUAACGCAUUUAUUUACAUGUUUCAGUUCUUUAUUUCGUAAAACCAUUAUUAUUAAUCAAGUAAAGCGAAUGUAGCAAGGUUUUGAGUUUCUAAAGACGGAUAAAGAACAGAACAGAAGCUCUUUGUGAGGCAAUUGAUGCCUUGUGCAAUAAUGCACCACACAGCCGGGGUAAUUUGUAAUUUCACAUUUCAUCAGACAUGCCUGCAGAUUAUCAAGACGUGCAUAUGACAACAUCAUAAUAAAUAAUAAAAUAUAUUUAUUUCAUUUUUUCAAAUAGAGUUUCAGUAUUUGGCACAAAAGACAGUGUUUGGCAAAGAUACAGUGUUACAGGCACUACAGCAGAAUAAAGCACUUUGGAAAUGAUUCAGUAAAAGAAACCGGAAAUGUCGGAAAUUUUGAAUUGGUUUUCCUUUGCUUUUGUGAAAUAGAGGGACUGUAAAAAAAAAAAAAAAAAAA